AGCAGUUCCGCCGUGUCCGCCGUCGACUCCUUUCACAGACCACAGUAAUCGCUUGGACGCCAAUCACGUACGUUUAUCCGACGAAAAAAUAAAAAAACAAUAACCACUCCUCGUCAGUAGAAAAAAUAAAUAAAUAACUCGGCUUGCAGUUUUCGAACGAGACUUUAUUAUAAAAAUAAGUGCGAUUGUUUUCUAUUGAAAAUAUCAUAUUAUUACAAUUGUAUAUUCCAGUAAUAACCGCACGUUAAAAGAUGUCUCACACGGUGACGGUUACUAGAACAACGACAUCCACGACGUCCGCCAUAAUCUUAAACACCGGAUACGUCAAAUCCAUACCAGGUCUACUGAAACUGGCCGAAGUCAUUUUGGGAGCAAUCGUUUUGACUUUGCUCAUCAUCAACAGAGAAUAUUUAUGUACUUGUUGGGUGUAUGGACAUAACACGCACAUAUUCUUCCUGUCGAUCAUAACUACAUUUUUCAUCGCCAGUUUGAUCUUGCUGAUAUCUUGUUUGUUGUCCAUCUCAACCGGACCCAUUAUAUCCAAAACGAAUUUCGAAUUUAUAUACCAUGGUACAGGAUUCAUUCUCUUGUUGGUUGCUGCAGUGUACUUACUGAUUGAGACAAACAACAACAACCGUUAUGCAAACAACCAUUUCGUCAUAGCAUCAAUUUUAGCGUUCAUUAUGGCCGCGUUCUACUUGCUGAGCUCCAUCUGGGGUUACCGGUCGUACAGAGGACCUUAAGCAGUCCUUAACAACUUCUUGAACUUCUUUUGCACAUACAAGGAGCACGGCCAAACGAAUAUUAGUCAUGAGAACCACCAAUUUGCAAACUUCACGGCGCACAUCGUCUUCAGCUUAGCAUAUAUUAUUAUUAUUAUUUAUAGUACUAUUAUGAUUAAUAUUUAUUUUUCUUUAAAUUACGCUACGAGUUAUAUAUAAAUAUAAAUUACUAUUGUUUGAAUAUUAUGUUUAAGGUUCCUCCAAACCGUGUCUCCUCCAAACCUCGAGUAUUAACUACAGCUAUUGGCAACUUUGGUAUAGUUAUACCAAAAAUUUCUUUGAUCUGGCUUGACGGUUAGUUGUUUAUGAAGUUAUACUCGCAGGUGCGAACUAAUAAAUUAAAUUAUAUAAUAUAUAUAUAUAUUACCUAUGAUGAUAUUAUUCGAGUUUAGUGAACGAUUUCGCGUACAAUUUUAUUAUUAUAUUAUAAUCGCAUUUAAAAAAACAUAGUAUGUGAUUUCUCGCUGUGCCUUAAGUAUUUUUUUCAUAUUUAUAAAUAUUUACAAGUGCCUUACAAUAAUGUAAAAACGGAACCAAAACACGCGUGCUCGUUUAUUCAUUAAUGUUACUAAUAAGACGUAAUAUUCGUUAUUAAUUUAUGGAAUUAUAUAUUGUUUUCAUUAUUUUAACACAACUAAAAAUAAUUAACUUUAGAGAUAUUUUUUUUAAUCAAUAAAAUUUCUACAGUGGCA